AAGGACAUUAUUUAUUUUGUAAUAUUCUCAUAUUAGCCUCAAGAUCUUUUGUCGUAUCCGAAAAUAUAUUUGCCGCUCAGGACAGUAUUUUAGUUUUGUUCGUUCUGACUACCUUCUGCUUCUUCUUCAGCAUAAUAUCCAAUCCCCCUAAAACCUCUGCAAACCCCCGCAACCUCUAAUCUCCGUUAACCAUCCGUACCACCAGUCCAAUUCCGAGAAUCUAAAAAUCCAAGCAUGCCCAUCAUCCAAAGCACCUGCAUCUCAAAUGUCCUGCCAAUCCCCAACUCUGCGGUUCCACUUCCACCCUAUUCUUUGAGCUGCUCCACCCUCAGCUCCAGAGCUUCUGCAUUCUUUACCAGAAAUAGCAACCCAAUCUUCAAGCCCAAUUACGCUCCUUUCCUCCCUACGAAGUCCCCAAGGGGUGCUCAUUUGGUCAUCCAGGCCGCUGGAACUGAUCAUUAUAAGACUCUCAACGUCCCUAGAAGUGCCACGUUGCAGGAGAUCAAGUCCUCUUAUCGAAAGCUCGCUCGCAAGUAUCAUCCAGACUUAAACAAGGGUGCUGGGGCGGAGGACAAGUUUAAAGAGAUUAGUUCUGCAUAUGAGGUCCUAUCAGAUGAUGAGAAAAGGUCUUUAUAUGAUCGCUUUGGUGAAGCAGGUUUACAGGGAGAAUAUGAUUCUUCGGCCAUGGGUUCAACAGGGGUGGAUCCUUUUGACGUUUUUGAUACAUUCUUUGGAGGGUCAGAUGGGAUUUUUGGAGGAAGGGGUGAAUCAGGAGGCUUUAACUUCAAUUUGAGGAACAGGGGAAACCAGGGUCUAGACAUUAGGUAUGAUCUGUAUCUGAGCUUUGAAGAAUCCAUUUUCGGAGUACAGAGGGAAAUUGAAGUUUCUUCUGUUGAGACAUGUGAUAAUUGUGGUGGAACAGGUGCUAAAUCUGAUAAUUGCAUAAAAUCAUGUACUGGUUGUGGAGGAAGAGGAGGGGUGAUGAAAACUCAGAGAACACCAUUUGGCAUGAUAUCACAGGUAUCAACCUGCUCAAAGUGUGGCGGUGAUGGUAGAAUAAUCACUGAUCCUUGCCAAAGAUGCAGUGGCAAGGGACAAGUACAGUCCAAAAGAACUAUGAGUGUGACCAUCCCAGCCGGUGUUAAUGAUGGAGCCACAAUGCAAAUUCAAGGGGAGGGAAAUUUUGAUAAGAAAAGGGGUACAGUUGGUGAUGUCUUCAUAGUGCUUCAUAUAGACAGAAAGGCUGGAAUUCAUAGAGAUGGACUCAAUCUGUACUCAAAGAUAAAGAUUGAUUAUACCGAGGCCAUUUUAGGGACUGUUAUAAAGGUUGAAACUGUUGAAGGCUUGAAAGAGCUUCAGAUUCCUUCUGGAAUUCAGCCUGGUGAAACAGUAAAGUUGCGGCGCAUGGGGGUUCCAGACAUGAACAAACCUUCUACUCGAGGAGAUCAUCACUUUGUUGUCAAUGUUCUGAUCCCAAAGAUAAUCAGUGAUAAGGAACGCACACUUGUUGAAGAACUGGCUUCACUUAAGGCAUCUAGAGAAGGUCAUUCAGUUGCUUCCAAAGGCACGGGUACACAAGAUGCGAACUUUGCCAUGCAUAGAACCAGUGCUUCAAGCCAGGGGACUAGUCGUGUUGCAUCCUUGUGGAACUCAAUAAAGGGCGUACUGGGGAAGCGGCAGUCUUCGUCGGGAGAGGGAUUUGCAUCAGUUGGUGUGGGCAGCCCAUGCCCACCAUUAUUAUGGGGAUCAACGAAGCCAAAUUCGUGCUAUUAUAUGGCAUCGCUGUUUACAGUUUUAGUUGUAACUUAUAUUUGUAGCAUGAUGGGAAAGACCCGUAACCUUACCUUAUUACAACAACAAAGUGAUGCUUCUCCUCCUCAUACAACCAAAAGGAACAGCGUAGAUAGAAAGUCUAAAGUCUAACAAAGAUGUAAUGGCUACCUACAUUAUUAUAUAUUGGAUCUCAGGAUUUGCCCUGCCAUCUGUAUCCUUUCCUCCGUAGUCCCAAUGUCAUAGUCUCGAUUGUUUCUUUCUGAUUCUGAUAAAUACAAGAAAACUGCAUUUUGUGUUUUAGGUUAUAAAAAGGAUUCAACUUGAACUUGCACCCCAAGCUCUCUGUCUUUUUCUCUCUUAAUCGUUUGGUUAAAAUUGAUUGAGAAUUUACAAAUACGUAAAUAAGAAGCAACACCAAAGUUGCAAAAUAAUGAGAAUUUUAAGCUAGUUAAAAUGGGCGGGCAAGGGGAUUCUCACUCUCUUUCUGCUUUACAGCUCAUCCAUCUCCAUACGAGGCAGCCGUUGCCAUGUUCGCUUUUCUGUUUGAUUUCUUUGAUAAUGGAUAGUUACACGUGUUGUAAUGCUUGAGGUGAACGUUCCCAAAACAAACAAGACACACUGCAAGAGCAAGGAGUGUAAAAAGCACACCUUGCACAAGGUCACCCAAUACAAGAAAGGAAAGGAUAGCCUUGCUGCUCAGGGAAAGAGGCGUUACGAUCGUAAGCAAUCAGGUUAUGGAGGUCAAACCAAGCCAGUGUUCCACAAGAAGGCAAAAACUACAAAGAAGAUUGUCCUGAUGCUCCAAUGCCAGGGUUGCAAGCAUGUGUCUCAGCAAGAGGUGCAAGUACUUUGAGAUUGGUGGAGACAAGAACGGAAAGAGAACCUCUGUUUUCUAAGUCAACUGAUUGGGUUGUAUUUUGUGUUGCGUUCCAUCUUGUUGGAGCUUUAAAGCUAAUAUGAUAGUCUUUGUUCUUA